CAGUUUGACAUUGACAUUUUGUUUUUAUUUGUUGAAAAUUUGUUUAUAUGAAUAAAUUUGAUUAUUACGUAUAAUUUGUUGGAAUGGAGGAUAUUGAAUGGAAUGUUGUUAACGAAGGACAAUUACUAGAUGCUAUGGUUGGACAUAAACCUGUAGGUGUGAACAAAUAUUUUCAGAUGGCAUUUAUAUGUGACAAAUUUACAGAAAGUUUGCAUAAAGACGUUGAUCCGGAGAAAAUUUGGGCACAUUUAGAAACAAUGUACAAUCUCGAGGUCCUUGAUGAAAGUGAAUCUAUACCUUUUCCAAACAGUGAACGUGAAUUUAAUCUACCAGAAUCUGAUUUUGGUAGUUUAAUAAAUAAAAAGGAUGAGGAAAAAUCUAAAAGUCAAGUACAGAAAGGAGACAAGGAGACACCGAAGCUCGUAAAAGAAUUAAAAAAAGAAGAAAAAACACCAGUAAGAAAUCAAAAAGAAAGGAGAGAUAGUAAGGAAGGAAAGGAUAAUAAUAAAACUCCAACAGUUGCAAAGAAAGAAAUAAAAAAGGAGCCAGAAAAAAAUAAACUAUCGAUUAAGGGACGAAACUCAAAUGUAACACCAAAAGAUGACAAUAAAGGUGCAAAAAAUAAAAAUGAAGAUACUCCCAAACCAACAAAGAGACCAACAAGAGGUAGUUUGAAACCAAAUGAUGAUUCGGGCUCUAGUGGAAAAUCAAGCCCUGUUACCAUUACACCGUCAAACACAAAAAGAAGACGCAUUUAAGAUGUUUGGCCAAAUGAAUCAAAACCAAAUCCAAUUAAUGUAUAUAUGUUAAUGUUAUGCUUGGUAUCUAGUAAAGAAUGUGAUAGACUUCAAGAGCUUUGAGACUUUGGACAAAAUAAACCAAUGGGAAUCAAGUUGGCUUAGUACAGCUUUGCUUCCUUGAAAAGUUAAGCGUCUUGUGUGUUUUAGAUAAAAAAAUAGUCAUAUUCAUACUGCCCAAAAAAAAACUAUAACAGACAUCUUGAAAAAAUGAAAUUAAAAAAAUUUUUUUUGAGGGCCCAUAACUUUUUGAGAAAGCAAAGUUCUACGAAAUUAACUUGUUCUAAGUCGGUUUAUACUACUCUUGAAGUACGUCACAUUCUUUACUGUACACCCUGUAUAAGGCAAAAAUUUUAUAUCAAAAUUGGUUUUUAUCAGUUUUGAAAGAAAAAGAAGUUGAUUUAUAUU